AUGGCUCAAGAAAUCGGUUCUUCGAGCUGGAAAUUUGCCCACCUCCCUAACCUGCCGAUCGAGGUCUUGCAGCCACUCCUCUCACUCCUCCCCAAACAAGAUGUCAAAUCCGUCAGACUUGUGUCUCGCCUGCUCGCCGACAAAGCGACUCCUAUCCUAUUCAAUAGCAUCCGGAUAUCCACUCUCAAGGCUGAUCGCGAUGCCUUCUUCAAGAUUGCCGACUCCCCUCACCUUGUUCGCCAUGUCUGUACAGUCGUCUGGGAAGAAUUGAACGGAGACCAUACAAGAUUCGAGGCCCAAUAUUGGGACCGUUCCGGGGGGUAUUCACCGUUUUCUUCGGACCAAUUGCCAGUCUUGGCUGGGAUAAUGGCUCAGAUGCGAGAUUUCUUUUGGGUCACAACAAAGGGCGAGCCAGAUGACUUCCAAGAAGCCUUUGCCGCUUUCCUGCCUCAGUUCAUUACCGCGCUUGACAGAAUGCCAAACCUCCAUACCCUUGUCUCGAAGCCCAUGCACAACGAACGUCAAGUACAAGCAGUUUCCUCCGGCUACCCGGUAACCGCAAGAGUCAUCAAACGCCUCAUUCAUCAUGACCAAGAGAGGUGCACGUUCAACACGGGAUUUCUCGCUGCUCUGGUACCAGCGCUUGUCCAUAUGGCAAGACAGCCCGGCAAGAAGGUGACUCGGCUCCUCUUUGCUGAUGAAACCACUACCAAGGAGACUGCUCUUAGAUUUCUCCCGAGCGAUAUGCCCUUGGCCUUUUCCAAGUUGGAAUAUCUCGACUUUUGCAUCUCUGGUACCGCCCCCUCCGAGUCGCAAAUGAAAGGGUUCAGAGCUUGCCUCGAGGGUGCGACCAACGUAUCUUAUCUUCACCUUUGUCGAGAAGCUGCCUAUCAGGAGAACGAAAGGUCUCCUAGGUUGUUGCAGAUGAUUCCAAAGCUGCCUCGUCUGACAGAAGUGCACCUCGACGAUAUCAUGCUUGGGGAACAGGAGACCGAUUUCGUUUGGCCCGGGGAACUACUUGAUGAUGACAACUCAGCACUCGUGAAAUUUGUUCGGCUCCAUGCGAAUACCCUUCGCAAACUUCGCAUCACUUCCUCAAAGGUUACUAAAAGGAUGCUGCUCAGCUUGCACAAAUUGAACUCGUUGCAGCUGCAAAGAUUCAUCAUCGUUCCCGGUCAAGAUAUGGAGGAAGACAACCCUUGGCCGACUAGUGAACGAACCAUCCUGGGCUUUGUCAACAAGAGAGGGAAUGGCAAGCAGCUCGAACCCGACUUUGGGCCAGAUGACCAAGAUCCGGUGUGCACGCAUGAUGCAGUUUGGGAUAUUGAUGAGUGGCCAACCGCAGCGGUAUUCGACACGCGACGACGAGGAUGGCGUACGCGGGGCUAUGAACCUGUGGAAGUAAUGUCUCUUGAUGACGAGGCUGAUGAGCGAAGAGACGAGGAUGGAUUCACACAUGAACUACGUCCAUGCCGAGUGUACGACCAUGCAUCAGGCUUGUGGGUUGAUCGCGAUGGGGUCUGGUAUGAUCCCAGGGCGGAUGGGGAGAUCUUGGAACCAGAGAGACGGAGCUAUGAGAGCGAGCUGGAAAAUGAGCACAACCCCUGGGCUGUGAAGAACGAACGAGUGUGGGACUGGGAGUUGGGUCUCUGGAGAGACCUAGGCACCGGCUCGACUGGGCCAUUGCACAGGUUUGCAGAUGAUCGAAACGACACUGGCGAGGCAAUGCCAGAAAGGAUCAUUGAUGACGACGCAUUCUCGGAUGAAGAUGAGGAUGUCGACAUGCGGCCAUUCUACGCACGCGAAGAUGAUGAUCAUCUCAUGAGGCAACUUAGAAUCCCUAGGUGGGGUUGGGGUCGUGACGAAAGCGGUCGCAUUUGGUACUGGGAAGUGCUUGGAAACAAAGGCCACGGCUACCUGACCGAGAAGUGGCAUUUUCGUCAUCGCAACGGAGAGGAAGCCUACGGGGAAGAUCCUCUUGAAUUCUGGUCUGACUGGCAAGGCACUGAAGCAGGUGAUAUAGCUGAAGCUACACCGUUUGGGUGGCGUUUUGAGGCAUUUGUCGGCGGCUGGUCCCGCGACACGUCUAGCAGUGACCUUCCUCCCAAGGAAGAGAUCGGUCAGCUUUAUGGAGAGCCGGUACUCUGGGAAGGGGAUAGAGGACAGCUCGGGGUCUAUACGGCGCGGUUGCCUGCGGACCUUGAUAUGGAUGACAUUUCUGAGAUCACCGCUCUGCCUAUGCGAAUAGGCUGA